GAUUAGUACAGUGCUUCUCUCCACCUCGCCGAAGAUACUUCAAUUGCUUCGCAAUCUAAUUUUUCACUUUUCUCGUGAAAAAACAUACUUUUGUGAUUGCGAUCGGCGAGAUAAGCAACUUAGCUUCAAAGAUGUUGCGCCGUAAAAGGGGUGGAGCAAAGACGGCAAGAAGAAUGGCGAAGAAAGCGGCACCCGCGGCAUUGCAGACGGAAGUUCUUAAUGACGAGGAAUGGGCGAAGGUACUGAAACGAAAGGGUUUAGUAGUUGUAGACGUGUACUCGGACUGGAGUGGACCUUGCACAGGCAUGGUGAGCAUUCUGAAGAAGAUAAAGAUGGAGAUUGGAGGUGACGCAUUAAGUUACGCCACGGCAAGUUGUGAUCGUGUUACUGACUUGAAGAGGUUCCAAGGAAAAAGUGAACCUACAUGGAUGUUUAUUCAUGAAGGUCAAAUGAUAAAUUUGAUGUUCGGGGCGCAUUGCCCGCAGUUUGUAAAAAUGUUGAUGACCGAGCUCGAGAGAGUUCAAAAGGGCGACGAGCACGACUUUUCGAUUGACGUUUUCGAGAAAAGUCCUGAAGAGGUGGUACGAUUGAAAAUCCAAGAGGAGGCAAAAAUAGCUAAGGAAACAGCAAAGAAAUCUCGAAAAGUGGCUGAAGCAAAAGCGAGAUAUGAGUCUGAGAUGCUGCACUGGACCACGUCGUUGUGCAACGAAACUUGUCUGCUGUUAUUUCCUUGGAUAUUCAAGGAUGAAGAAGGACGUAGAAGAGAUAAGAAGUUGAGUCCAGCAUACGUGGAGCUAAUCGAAGAAUUGCUUCCGGAGAACUACAUAGUGGAACAAGAGCUACGCAAACGAAUGAACGAGGAUCUGCUCCAGCAAAUGCUCGACGAAUCCACGUAUAAAUUCUCGGAAACCAGCAAACAAUUGCUCUUCGACGGUAAAUGUAUGUUUAUGCGAUUGAAGAUAGUAGAAGGAAAAAAGAAUUUGGACGUUCAUAAUCAUCUGUGCGAGUUAGUGUUCAAUGAACCGACGUUACCGGAAUCGGACGACUGCUUAAGUGAAGAUUGCUAUGCCGGAAAGCAUUGUCCAGCUUUCGAAGUUCCUGAUAAGGAAAAUAAGAAGUUUUCUUUCGUUUGGACACCACCGAAUCCCAGAAACAAAGCAUUCGUUUUUCGCACGAUAUUUACCGUUUACACCAAUACGACAUAUCCGUACGAAGAUAAAAUGGCAAAAGUGCCAAUAACUGUCUUCAAAUACGAUUACACACGUAAAAAUGAUUUAAAAAUGGUGUUGGAAAUGUUCGGCGAUGACGUCAUCAAUUUCGGUAUAUUUGAAUAUGAUAAACCGCCUGAGGCUAAAAUGAUUGCCAAAAGUAUAGAAGCAUUCGAGAUGAGUGUUGAAGAAAAAACGGGUUACGAAAUAUUCGUCUGUACUGUGAAGAAAGUAGGUUGCGAGGCAUUUUUGGGUUUCGCUGGGAUCGGACCUUUUCACGUGAGCGAAAAUCCGGAGAAGGCUAUCGAGGAAUCAAAAUUAUAUUUCCCGGACAUUGUUGCUGUAGAGGAAUCGCAAUCGGAUGACGAGGAGAAACCUGAGGAAUUAACGGAAGAGCAACAAGACGAUACAGUAGCAAUGUAAUAUCCAUUAUUUCAUGUUAUAAUAAAAAUGUCAGAGAUAGCGACUAAAAAUAAUAA